ACACCCAGAGCUGCCGCCUCCUUUUGCCAUAAUGAGCGCUGACAUGACAGUGGAGCCGCGGCGGUGAGGGGGGAAGGAAGGAGCGCGUCGGUGACAGUCAGGCUGCGGGUCCGCAGCUCAACGCCGAAGCCAGCGCAGCCGAACCCGGAGCCCGAGCCCGAGCGGGGCGCGCAUGGCGUCCCUGGGCAGCGCGGAGCGACGCGCGUUCGCGCUCAAGAUCAACAGGCAUUCUUCUGCGGAGAUCAGGCGACACUUUGGUGGGAGCUAUGGGUUCUACCACAGCCGCUCCAACUCCAACGCCUCAGCCUCUCCCGCCCUCACUGUGCCCCAGUCAUAUGACGCAGUGGAGCCUCUGGACCUGGAGGAGUUCUUGAUCUCACAGCUACGAAGCGGCGACUCCGUCCUGAUGCAAGAAAUCGGAGACUUUCCCGAUGACGACCUCAAAGUGGAGCAGGUGGACAAGGAGUGUCGCACCGUUCGAGACUCCGUCCCCGCAGAAGGAGAGGAGCUGGAUCCCCAUGUGAGAGACUGCGUGAAGAGUUACACCCAGCCGUGGCUCGUGGUCUCUAGAAGGUGCCAGGGGGACGGCUGGAGCUCCUACUCGGAGCGGUCUGGUGUGCACAAGCUCCUUCGGAAACAGACGUUCGAGUCCGAUGUCCAGGCAGAAAACCAAGUGAAACCAGUCAAGUCUCCAACUCUAGCAGGACUGACUGAUGACUCUGGUCGCACUCUGACCUCUUCCGACUUCAACCUGCGCUGUUUAACUCCGGACCAGAGAGUGGAGGGACUGUUGGCCUUCAGCAGCCAUGAGGAGUUGGACCGCCUCAACCAGGAGGCCCGGCACAGCCACAGACCCACCGAGCUCUUUGCCCUGUGCCAACCAGCCGAUGAGGAGGACGCCGUCGAGAUCCGGCCCAUCCCUGACUGCCCUAAGGAACACGUCGGGGACCGUAUCCUGGUCCGAUGCCAGGCCAUCAAAUUCGAGAUUGACAUUGAGCCGUUGUUUGCGACGAUGGCUCUGUAUGACUUGAAGGAGAAGAAGAAGAUAUCAGAAAACUUCUACUGUGAUAUGAACUCGGAACAGUUCAGGAACUUCUUGAAGCCUCACACUCCACAAGUGGAUCUGUCCACGCAGGCCAGAUCGGCCAUCUUCUCCAUCACCUACCCUUCUCCAGACAUCUACCUAGUCAUAAAGAUUGAAAAGGUUCUACAGCAGGGAGAGAUCGGUGAGUGUGCCGACCCCUACAUGACUCUGAAGGAAUGCGACACUGCCAAGAACAAGGACAAACUUGAGAAGCUGCGUAACCAGGCAGAGAAUUUCUGCACCAGGCUGGGCCGUUAUCGCAUGCCUUUCGCCUGGGCCACGGUUAAAAUCAUGGAGGUCAUCUCUACCGCGACCCUAGAACGCGACGUCACAGACUCCGAUAGCUUGAAAGGAGGCAAAUCCAGCAGCAUUGACCGAAAAGCACAGCUUCCCAGGAGGAACUCGGAACGCUACAGUAUGAUGGAGGAACAGUUCUGCAACAUUUCUGCCUUCAAACCUGCUACAAUCACUAUCAGCACCAUCUUCAAACAGGAAGGAGACCGCUUGAGUGAUGAGGACCUGCUGAAGUUCUUAGCUGAGAUCAAGAAAACCUCUAAUGCACAGAGGAGACUCAAGACAAUACCAGGUUGGAUAAAGCUGGACAUGUCUCCAGUCCAUGACACACCGCUGGCGUGUUUGUCCACUGAGCUCAUCCCUCUGGUCCCUGCGGCUGAGAAAUUAACUCGGCCAAUCAAAGAGGUGCUGGAGUUCCCCUCCAGCGAGGUUUACGUCCCUCACAAUGUUUACAGGAACCUGCUCUACGUCUACCCCCAGAGGCUCAACUUUGUCAACAGGCUGACGUCGGCCAGAAACAUCUCCAUUAAAAUCCAGUUCAUGAGUGGAGAGGACCCCAGCCACACCCUGCCGGUCAUUUUUGGGAAAUCAAACAGCCCAGAGUUUCUACAGGAAGCCUACACCCCCGUCACCUACCACAACAAGUCCCCUGACUUCUACGAGGAGGUGAAGAUGAUUCUUCCGGCUCGUCUGACGGAGAGACACCACCUGCUGUUCACCUUCUACCACAUCAGCUGCCAGCAGAAGCAGAACCAGAGCGGCAGCUGCGAGACGCUCAUCGGUUACUCUUGGCUGCCCAUUCUGAACAAUGACCGCCUGCAGACCGGUUCGUUCUGUCUGCCUAUUAUUCUGGACAGGCUCCCCUUCAACUACUCCCUGCACACGCCUGAGAAACUUCCUCCUCAGGUUCCUCCAGUCAAAUGGAUGGAGAGCCACAAAGGACUUUUCAACCUCCAGAUUGACGCUGUUUCGUCUGUACACACACAGGACAAUCAUCUGGAGCGUUUCUUCACACUGUGCCAUGCCCUGGAGGGCGGCGCCACGUUCCCUCUGCGAGUCAGAGAUGAAAAGAUUCCCGAGAACAAGCUGGAGCACGAGUUGAAGCUCAGCAUCAUUUCCCUGUCCUCCUCCGGUUUGGAGCCUCUGGUCCUCUUCCUCCACCUGGUGCUGGAUAAACUCUUCACCCUCAUCAUGCAGCCCAUGGUCAUUGCUGGCCAGACCGCCAAUCUGGCCCAAAUAGCCUUCGAGUCUGUGGUGUCUAUUGUCAACAGCCUGCACAACAGUCAGGAGCUGAUCAGGGACCAGCAGGGCAGGAACAGCCUGUUGGCGACCUACCUUUACUGGGUGUUUCGUCUCCCUGACCCGCCUCGAGACAUGCAGAACAUAGGCUCAGGGAGCACGAUCCCGUCGUCGGAGAGCCGAUACAGCACCAUGGGCCGGGCCACGGCGGCCACGGUGGGCAGCAUGCUCCUCCAGUCCAGAGUCCGCAGCAGCAGCAACCCUGACAUUCCUGCUCCACACACCUCUGAUGAAGACACCGAGGUCAGCAACAUCCUCCUCUCCAAGGGUCUCAACAACCCAGGCAGCCGCAUGUCCACCUAUGUGGACGUGAACCACCAUCAGAACCCCACAGGGAGCACCAGGCCGUCCAGCCGGAAGCAGUUUCAUGAGGAGCUGGCCCUUCAGAUGGUCGUCAGCACUGGGGUCUGCAGAGAGAACGCAUACAAAUAUGCCUGGUUCUUCUUCGAACUACUGGUGAAAAGCAUGGCUCAGCAUGUGUCUCAGAUGGACAAGCAAUACGUCCCCCGGCGCAACCGCUUCUCGGACAGAUUUAAGGAUGACAUCGCCACCAUCGUCGCCGUGGUUACAGCUGAGAUUGCAACCAUCCUUGUGAAGCAGCAAAAAGAGGUAGAGCAAGCAGAGAAAGUCAACAUCAGCCUGGCUUUCUUCCUCUAUGACCUGCUGUCUCUCAUGGACCGGGGAUUUGUCUUCCAGCUGGUGAAAAACUACUGCAACACGAUGUCGACGAAAUGUGUUUCAAUGCCGACGCUGAUCAGCAUGCGCCUGGAGUUCCUGCGGAUCUUGUGCAGCCACGAGCAUUACCUCAACCUGAGCCUGUUCUUCAGUAGCCCUGCCUCGGCCCCCGCCUCACCUAGUCCGUCCAUCUCAUCGCAGGGUUCCGGCUCGUGCGGCUACCAGGAGCAGCAGCGGAUCCUGGGGCUGUUUGAGCUUUCUCCCGAGUUCAAGCAGCAGCACUACCUCGCUGGUCUGCUGCUGACGGAGCUCAGUGCAGCCCUGGACAUGGAAUCAGAGGGAGGAAAGGUCCAGAGAAAGGCCAUUAAUGCCAUCUACAGCCUGUUAUGUUCCCAUGAUCUUGACCAGCGCUGUGUUAAACCUGAGGUCAGAGCCAAGGUGGCCGCUCUCUACCUCCCCCUAGUGGGGAUCAUCAUAGACUCCACCAGCUACCUGGACUUCACUGUUGCCGAAGCACGUGGUGGGAAAAACAAGACAGGCGGGCCCGAGGAUGACCUUGAAAACGUCGCACCCAUCAAUCAGUGUGUUGCCAUGGCGAUUGCUGGGAACCCCAUCAGCACGCUGGGACGCAGUGCUCUCGUUUCCAUGGCAUCCCUGCAAGGUAAAUCUGUGGCCACCCUGGCAGCCGACACCAGCCGCCACCUGUUAGUGUGUUUUCUGUGGGUGAUGAAGAACGCCGAUAAGAGUCUGAUUCAGCGCUGGACUGUAGAGAUGCCUCCCUCGCAGCUCAACAAGCUGCUGGAGCUGCUCACGAUCUGCGUGUCCUGCUUUGAAUACAGGGGGAAGCAGAGCAGCGACAAAGUGAGCACCCAGGCCCUGCAGAAGUCACAGCAGGCCAAGCUGCAGCUGGAGGAGGCUCUGCUGAAAGGAAUGGGUGCCCGUGGGGAGAUGAUGAAACGGGUCGGAGGAACAGACAGGACCAUGGGUCAGAGAGAGAACCUGCGCUGGAGGAAAGACCGGACUCAGUGGAGACAGUCCAACGACAAGCAGGACAAGACUAAAGCCGAGUUGGACCAGGAGGCUCUGAUCAGUGGGAACUUGGCCACUGAGACAAACCUCAUCAUGCUAGAUCUCCUGGAGACCAUUGUCCAGGCGGUGCCGCUGGCCGAAUGCAAGGACAACGUGAUCGGCGGCGUGCUGAAAGUGUUACUCCACUCCCUCACCUGCAGCCAGAGCACGACUUUCCUCUCCCACACCUUCAGCACACUCAGAGCGCUUGUUGUGAAGUUCGCGGACCUGUUGUUCGAGGAGGAGGCGGAGCAGUGCGCGGACCUGUGCCAGAAGGUGCUCCAGUACUGCAGCAGCCCCGUGGAUGAAAACAGGAGCCAGGCCUGCGCCACCCUGUACGUCAUCAUGAGAUACAGCUUCAGCAAUGCCAGUAACUUCUCUAGGGUGAAGAUGCAGGUCACCAUGUCUUUAGCCUCGCUGGUGGGAAAGUCCUCCGACUUCCAGGAGGACAACCUGCGAUGCUCCCUGCGCACCAUUCUGGCCUACGCAGAGGAGGACACGGUGAUGCAGAACACCCAGCUGCCCUCGCAGGUGGACGAGCUUCUUCGAAACCUCAACAGUAUCCUGUCAGACACGGUGAAGAUGAGGGAGUUCCAGGAGGAUCCCGAGAUGCUCAUGGACCUCAUGUACAGGAUAGCGAAGGGCUACCAGACAUCUCCCGACCUCCGUCUGACCUGGCUCCAGAACAUGGCCGAGAAACACAAUAACAGGAAGUGCUACACUGAGUCAGCCAUGUGUCUGGUCCACGCCGCUGCCCUGGUGGCCGAGUACCUCAGCAUGUUGGAGGACCACAAGUACCUGCCCGUUGGCAGCGUCACCUUCCAGAACAUCUCCCCCAACGUGCUGGAGGAGUCGGCCGUGUCGGAUGACAUCCUGUCCCCAGACGAGGACGGGGUGUGUUCGGGACGCUACUUCACUGAGAGCGGCCUGGUGGGGCUGCUGGAGCAGGCUGCCGAGCUCUUCAGCAAUGGGGGUCUCUACGAGGCAGUCAAUGAGGUCUACAAGAUCAUCGUACCAAUUUUAGAGGCUCACCGAGACUUCAGGAAACUGGCAUCCACUCAUGACAAACUCCAGAGAGCCUUUGAUAACAUCAUUCAGAAGGGCCAUAAGAGGAUGUUUGGAACCUAUUUCCGUGUGGGCUUUUACGGCGCCAAGUUUGGCGACCUGGACGAGCGGGAAUUCAUUUACAAGGAGCCGGGGAUCACGCACCUGCCCGAGAUAUCGCACAGGCUGGAGAACUUCUACAGUCAGUGCUUUGGAGACGACACGUUAGUGAUGAUCAAGGAUUCUACACCAGUGGACAGAAAGCAGCUCAAUUCCAGUAAAGCGUACAUCCAGAUCACUUUCGUGGAGCCUUACUUUGAUGACUACGAGAUGAAAGACCGGCUGACGAACUUCGAGAAGAACUUCAAUCUGCGCCGCUUCAUGUACACCACGCCCUUCACCAAGGGCGGGAGGCCGCGCGGCGAGCUCUACGAGCAGUACAAGAGGAAGACCAUCCUCACCACCAUGCACGCCUUCCCCUACGUCAAGACGCGCAUCAACGUCAUCCAGAAGGAGGAGUUCGACCUCACCCCCAUUGAGGUGGCCAUAGAGGACAUGCAGAAGAAGACCAGGGAGCUGGCGUCGGCCACUCAUCGAGAGCAACCCGAUGCUAAGAUGUUACAGAUGCAGCUGCAGGGCUCGGUGGGAGCCACCGUCAACCAGGGCCCAUUAGAGGUGGCCCAGGUCUUCCUGAAUGAGAUCCCGGCGGAUCCGAAGCUCUUCCGUCAUCACAAUAAACUGCGCCUGUGCUUCAAGGAGUUUAUAAUGAGGUGUGGAGAGGCCGUGGAGAAGAAUAAGCACCUGAUCGCGGCGGACCAGAAAGAGUACCAGCAGGAGCUGAAGAAGAACUACAACCGCCUGAGGGAGAACCUGAGGCCUAUGCUGGAGAGGAAGAUUCCUGAGCUCUAUAAACCCAUCAUCAGACCUCGUCUGGAAAACAGGGAUUCUUUCAAACGUCUGAGUCUCCGCAGAGCUCCGGAGGAAAACGCCUGAGACGCCACGACCCGUCUGAGAGAGAGAGAGAGAGAGAGAGAGAGACAGAGAAGGAAGGCGAGGCUGUCACACAGUCGAGACGAAGACAGAAGAUAAGAUGAAAGAGGAGAAAAACAAGGAAAGAACUGUGGCUGGUGAUAUUCCUCUGCGUGGGAUCAGCGCAUUGCGACCACAAUGGAGGACUCACAGUUCCUCAGCAAUGCAGCAGUGUUUAUUAAAGGCUGCCGUUUAGUGACGUCAUGGUUGUUUGUUACAGGAGGCAAAAGAAGGGUGAGCACGUAAACACAGGAGGUUCGAAUCUCUAGCGAAGUGUAGCUUAUUCAGUAUGUCACUGUAAAAUCUUCAGAUGCUGUGGCUCUGUCGGUUUCCUUUUUUUUAGAUGACUGCAAGUCCUAAUAAUGCUGCAAACAUUCCCUCUGGGUUGAUAAAGAAGCAGACUGGAGUUCCUCUCUGAGGUCCUUGCUGGCCCAGGGCCUGUAUGUGUGUGUUAAUAAUACUCGUGUGUACGUGUACAUAGAGUAAAUGUAUGAUUGAACACAUUUUUAUUUGGAUUUGAUGAUUCCUGUCUCAUACUGAAGCCACUUUGUACUCAGUACUGAUAAAUAAGACUGCUGUGUGCUACAGGGCCAUUGAAUUUCCACUUGGGGCAUAUAUACAUUAAAGUUGUGCCAGUUACAGCAGCAGGAGUACAAAUGGUUUUGUGCACUUGAUAAAAAGAUAAAGUUUUUCUGUGUUCUAGUAAGUUUUAAAGUCAAACAGUACCUGUUGUUUUUGUUGGGCAUCCUGCACCUGACCAUGUAGCUGAAUAUUUUAAUUUAUUAAGAGUUAUCAGAUGUCUUCAUAACAGAGCCUCUAAAACCCACAUUCUGUACAGUAUCUAGUACAUCAAAUAAUCACAAAGAUGUUUACAAUGCUAUGAAAAAUUAUUUUGCCUUUCAUUUUAAGGACUUGUAUUUUUAGAUAAAUAAUAGCAAUAAUGAUUGGAAAUAUUAUGUGGGAGGAAGGGGUGUGCAGUAAUUGUCUCGUUGUACUGUUUGUUCCAGUGAUUUCAAUACCUGCUUGUUAGUCGACCAUGUUACACACAGUGCCAAAUUAAAUUCCUUUACAAUUUA